GAUAAGAUGCAAAGGGGGGGUGGGAUGAAGGCUCUCGAGAUGCUGCGUCGUGCGCAAAACGACAUUCCAUCAGGGCUAGAUCCCGUCAAGAAUAUGUGCCAAAGAUGGUAUCAUUCGUCGAUAUUGAAAAACGAAAUUUUAUACAUCUAUGGGGGCUAUGAAACUUUCGUUGAAUCUAACAAUCAUGGUGGCAUAACUGGGAGUAUCACCAUGGGUACAAAUAAUUAUAUGAUAGGUGUUAAAAUGAACGAGUCCUGGAAUUGGACAAAGGCUUCCGCAAGUCUGCCACUGGUAUCAGAGCAGGUAUUUCUCUCGGAUUCCGAAUCAGCAAAUGCCUUCUCGUCUGUAGUGCUCAAAGGUGCUCUUUUUUCUGGAACUUCCGGUGGCAAUGGAAUAUAUUUAUAUGGUGGAACCGAACAAAGCAUGAAUACGAGCUUUUAUGGCUACACCGACCCUACUUCACCAAAUCAGACCCUUCUGUCUUAUGAUGUAGCGCAAAAUCAAUGGGCCUCGAUUGACGUAGAUUCUACGAUACCCGAGAAACCUAGUUUCGGGGCGAGCGCUGACGUUCCAGAUCAAGGUCUUGGGUUUUACUUCAAUGGCGAGAUCAAUAACGGGUCGAGCACAGAAACGACCUCGAUUCCUGCGGGAAGUUCGGUGCCUCUGGAGGGUAUGGUUAUGUUAAAUAUGACGGAUAAUACGACGAGGAAUAUCUCUACUGCAACCAUCGACACAAAUUCGAGAACAGGGGGUCUUUUACAAUACAUACCUGGGAUAGGAGCGAAUGGCAAGGGUAUACUAAUACAAUUUGGUGGCAUGUAUCGUCAAGCUGGUGAAUUGUCAGAUGAACUAGGAGGCACUCUGGCUCCAAUGGAUCAAAUCAAUAUUUUUGAUAUCAACAGUGCAUACAAUGGAGGGAACGGGUCUUGGUAUACUCAACAAGCCUCUGGAAAUAUCCCCCCAAGAAGAAUAGAUUCUUGUACCGUUGUCGCCACUGCCCCUGAUAAUUCGAGUUACAAUAUAUACCUUUAUGGUGGACAAGAUGGAGGUUCUGUGUCUUAUGACGAUGUAUUCGUGCUAUCAUUGCCUUCAUUCACGUGGAUACAAGUCUAUGAGUCUGUACCAGGCAGUCCACGUUUUGGGCACACCUGUCAUCUAGUCGGAAAUAGACAGAUGUUAACAGUUGGCGGGGCUCAAAAGAAGUACUCGUCUUAUUGUGACUGGGAAAGUUCGGGGGUUGCUAUUUACGAUAUGUAUGCGUUAUCAUGGAAAUCAACGUUCUAUCAUGACGCCAACAAAUACAUCGUCCCGGGGAACAUUACUGAUAUUAUUGGUGGAAAUUCCAGUGGCUUUGCACAACUUACUCGCCCUUCUAAGGACUUUACAAAUGCAAAUGUUGCCUCACUUUUCAGCAAAGCUCUACUGACCACAAAUACCAACACCUCCAGCACUACCAAUACUACUGGUAGUACUACGGCCAACUCAUCUGCUACAACUUCGGCAGCAAGUAACAACGUAAGCCAUGGUGCGAGCACUGGCGUGAUAGCCGGGGCUACCAUUGGAGUUGUAGUUGCUGUUCUUAUCAUUUCUUCUCUGGUGUGGGUGUGGCGCAGAUCAUCCGCAGCUGGCCGCAUCAAAACCCAAGAAGGAUCGAGGACUGAAUCACGCCAGUCUCUCAUUGUGGAGGAUGGGAAGGCGCUUAAUCGGCUCCGUGCAAACGUGAUGAGUAUGGCUUACGAUCCUAGCAAUCCUUGUCGUGUGCCGGGAGUAGAAGCACCAAAGGAACAGGUCCAUGUGAAAUUGGAGUCUUGACGUUCUCUUAACUGAAAGAAUCAUUUGAAUGUAGAUAUUUAGCCAGUUUAAUUUCGGUGUGCAUAUACUACAAGUAUCUAAUCUUAUCGCUUUCCCGCA